CACAAGCAGGAAUAUCUCAGAAGGACAUCUAAUGUUAUCCCCGGAUUGUGACAUAAAAGAUAAUGACAGUAGACAGGAUUCUCCAGGAAAUAAUCCCAUUACCCCAAUUAUACAUCCAGCUCUAUCAGCUGAUCCCCCUGAUCCUGGGAAAUGUUCUCCUGAUCACUCUGAUAUUGGAGCAUUUGUUACAGCUCUGAGAGUAGAUACAGUGUUUCCCUGUUCUAUAGAUGCCAAAUGUUUUACACAGAACACAAAGCUUAUUACCCAUCAGCCAGCUAAGGCAGCUGAGAGGCAAUUUCCAUGUUCUGAGUGUGGAAAAUGUUUUACAUACAAAUCAGCUCUUGUUAGACAUCAGAGAAGUCUCACAGGUGAGAGGCCAUUUCCAUGUUCUGACUGUGGAAAAUGUUUUACUUGGAAAUCAUGUCUUGUUACACAUCAGCAAAGUCACACAGGUGAGAAGCCAUUUCCAUGUUCUGAGUGUGGGAAAUGUUUUGGCCGGAAAUCACAACUUGUUAGACAUCAGAGAACUCACACAGGUGAGAGGCCAUUUCCAUGUUCUGACUGUGGAAAAUGUUUUACUUGGAGAUCAAGUCUUGUUACACAUCAGCAAAGUCACACAGGUGAGAAGCCAUUUCCAUGUUCUGAGUGUGGGAAAUGUUUUGCCCGGAAAUCACAUCUUGUUAUACAUCAGAGAAGUCACACAGGGGAGAAGCCAUUUCCAUGUUCUGAGUGUGGGAAAUGUUUUGCAGGCAAACCAGAGCUUGUUAGACAUCAGAGAAGUCACACAGGUGAGAAGCCAUUUCCAUGUUCUGAGUGUGGGAAAUGUUUUGCAGACAAACCAGAGCUUGUUAGACAUCAGAGAAGUCACACAGGUGAGAAGCCAUUUUCUUGCUCUGAGUGUGAGAAAUGUUUUUCACAGAAAUCACAUCUUGUUGAUCAUCAGCGAAGUCACACAGGUGAGAAGCCAUUUCCAUGUCCUGAGUGUGGGAAAUGUUUUGCAGACAAAUUACAUCUUGUUAGACAUCAGAGAAGUCACACAGGUGAGAAGCCAUUUCCAUGUUCUGAGUGUGGGAAAUGUUUUGCCCUGAAAUCACAACUAGUUAGACAUCAGCUAAGUCACACAGGUGAGAGGCCAUUUCCAUGUUCUGAGUGUGGGAAAUGUUUUGCCCUGAAAUCAGAUCUUGUUAAACAUCAGAGAAGUCACACAGGUGAGAAGCCAUAUUCUUGCUCUAAGUGUGGGAAAUGUUUUACACAGAACUCAUAUCUUGUUAAACAUCACAGAAGUCACACAGGUGAGAAGCCAUUUCCAUGUUCUGAGUGUGGAAAAUGUUUUGCAGACAAAUUACAUCUUGUUAUACAUCAGAGAAGUCACACAGGUGAGAAGCCAUUUUCUUGCUCUGAGUGUGGGAAAUGUUUUGACCGGAAAUCACAACUUGUUAGACAUCAGCUAAGUCACACAGGUGAGAGGCCAUUUCCAUGUUCUGAGUGUGGGAAAUGUUUUGCCCUGAAAUCAGAUCUUGUUAAACAUCAGAGAAGUCACACAGGUGAGAAGCCAUAUUCUUGCUCUGAGUGUGGGAAAUGUUUUACACAGAACUCAUAUCUUGUUAUACAUCACAGAAGUCACACAGGUGAGAAGCCAUUUCCAUGUUCUGAGUGUGGGAAAUGUUUUAGACAGAAAUCACAUCUUGUUACACACCAGAGAAAUCACACAGGUGAGAGUCCAUUUCUAUGUUCCGAGUGUGGGAAAUGUUUUACAUACAAAUCAGCUCUUGUUAUACAUCAGCGAAGUCACACAGGUGAGAGGCCAUUUCCAUGUUCUGAGUGUGGGAAAUGUUUUGCACAUAAAUCAGAUCUUGUUACACAUCGGAGAAGUCACUCAGGUGAGAAACCAUUUCCAUGUUCUGAGUGUGGGAAAUGUUUUACACUGAAAUCACAUCUUGUUAAGCAUCAGAGAUGUCACACAGGUGAGAAACCAUUUCCAUGUUCUGAGUGUGCAAAAUGUUUUGCACAUAAAUCAGAUCUUGUUACACAUCGGAGAAGUCACACAGGUGAAAAACCAUUUUCAUGUUCUGAGUGUGCGAAAUGUUAUGCACAUAAAUCAGAUCUUGUUGCACAUCGGAGAAGUCACACAGGUGAGAAGCCAUUUUCAUGUUCUGAAUGUGGGAAAUGUUUUGCACAUAAAUCACAUCUUGUUACACAUCAGAGAAGUCACACAGGUGAGAAACCAUUUUCAUGUUCUGAUUGUGGGAAAUGUUUUACACAGCAAUCAAAUCUGAUUACACAUCAGAGAAGUCACACAGGUGAGAAACCAUUUCCAUGUUCUGAGUGUGGGAAAUGUUUUACACUGAAAUCAAAUCUUGUUACACAUCAGAGAAGUCACACAGGUGAGAAACCAUUUCCAUGUUCUGAGUGUGGGAAAUGUUUUGCACAUAAAUCAAAAGUUGUUACACAUCAGAGAAGUCACACAGGUGAGAAACCAUUUUCAUGUUCUGAGUGUCGGAAAUGUUUUACACAGCAAUCAAAUCUGAUUACACAUCAGAGAAGUCACACAGGUGAGAAACCAUUUCCAUGUUCUGAGUGUGGAAAAUGUUUUACACUGAAAUCAAAUCUUGUUACACAUCAGAGAAGUCACAGGUGAGAGGUCAUAUCCAUGCUCUGAGUUUGAGAAGUAAAUCAGCUCUGUUUCACACAAUAGACAUCACACAGGUGAGGAUCCUUUUUAUUCUCAUCACCAUUGCCAUGCAAUGUUCCUCAAGGUUCUUAUCCUAUGUCCUAUGCUUUUUGCUGCCACUGGGUGAAACAAUAAGACGUCAUGCUCUUGUCUACCACUGCUGUGCAGAUGACCUGUCUUUUUCUCUGUGUACUCGGAAACCCAAUACUAAUCCUAAGUGUCUGUCUAGCUGAGCUCCAGGUGUGGGUGAUGGUAGUUGUCUGUGGGGCAGAUGUAUUAAGCCUGGAGAAGUGAUAAA